AUUUUAAUAUUGUGUUUGUUGUUGUUUCCAUUCAAAAAUAAUCGUUGUAAGAAAGUUGAUUUUAUUUUUACUGUUUUUUGAAUUAGACUAAUACAUAAUCAUGAUCAAAACAACUCCCUGGACCGGUGGCACAGAUGAAGAAUAUGAAACCCAACAUUUUGGUUUCGGUUCACAACGUCUUAAAAUCGCUGUGCGACAGAUGGUCGAACAGAAGAUUACAACUGGGGUUAAAGACAUGGAAUCCUACUUACAAGAAUCAUUGGAUCUUAAUGAGACCGAUAAAGCAACCCUUACACGUUCUUGUGAUAAACUGAUAAAACUGUAUUGUGAGCGAGCCGGUCCUUCUUUACAAAUUAUAGAUAGAGAAAUCGAAAGGGUGCUAGAAGUGCCACAAAAUGUGUUACUCCCUGAUGAUGAGAUACAUUUGCAAGAUUUAUCGGACGCUGAUCAUGAAAAGCUAAAGGAAGAAGUGACAUCAUUGAGGAAACGAGUGGAACGAGGAGCCUUGAUGGAAGCUUUGCUAACUGCCGAAGAAGAAGAAUUGUCUACUGUUGAAAAAGUCUGUGAAACUGCUAAAAAAGACAUGGAAGUGCUAGAUUUGCUUGUGAAGCAUACUGAAGACAAUAACAGUGUCAAAACUAUACAUAAUGAAACUGAUUUCCUCUGUGCUAGUGCCCCAUUUAUGAAGAAAAAUGAUGAUAUUAAUAUUUUUGAAUGAUAUUUUGAGAUAAGAAACAAUUUAGGGUUAUAUAUUUUUUCUAUUUAACCAUUUAUAUGACAUUAUUCUGAAACACUCAUGAAAAUACUACCAUGCAUAACGCCCAUAUUCACAAACUAGGCAUGCAUAAGUGAAUCAGCAAAUCAAAUGCAUGUUUAAUGGAGCUCUGUGAUUGGUUUGUGAGUCACCCUGUGCGUCCACAGGCACUGGGAGACCUCAUAGUAAUGUUUGUGAAUACUUCCAUAACUCAAACCAUAAAUGUAUUGAAAUUAAGUAAGAAAAAAAUUACAAUAAAAUGAAAAAUUCUACUA